AUGGCUUCGAGCAGUGGAGAAGCUUCAAAGCUGACAUCAAAGGGGUACCAGGCAUACAGGAAGGCGAAUGACCAGACAAAGGGCGCCAAACCGCCACAAGGCAUUGAGGGGGCAAUGGCCCUGACCAGCCCCAACGACUUGAAGGUGGCUUUCGAGAUGCUGGAUGCAAGCAAAGAAGGGGUGCUUGGAAAGAAGCAGGCACGUGAUUUCUUGCGUUGUGCUGGCUGGUGCUUACCAGACGACGAGCUUGACACAAUGCUGCUGAAUCAGCUCAAGACAAGCACAAAGCAAGGCACGAUGGCCGAAAGAACAAAAUGGAACUUGCGAAUGUUAAUGGAUUUGUUGGAGCAGAACCAAGACCGAGACAAUGUCAGCUUGGCAGCAGUGCAGCAGGCUUUGAGAAGGCUUGCAAGCAACCGAGCCAAGAUAAGCAAAGACCGAAUCUUGGAAUUCAUAUCUCAAGAUCAAGAUUUGUCAGAGGCAGACAUUGACCAGGUCCUGGGCGCUGUUGGCAUGAGCGGUGCCAAACUAUUAGAUUGCGAACAACUGGCCGCCAAAUUGUUGGAUCGGGUAUGCAAUCCACCAUCUGUGCUGGAAAUGCACGAAUUAGAACACGCUUAA